UCACCAGGCACUCGCAAGGUUCGCACAGCCUCUACUCGACGUCCCUCACCCAUUCGGUCGCGCGUUGCUCCGAAUCAACAUUUUCCUGGGACCACUUCAGCAGGAUCUUCUUCACUCGAUCUUUCUUCUGGAGGAGCAGCAGGUGGCCCAACACCCACUACAGCCAGAAGCACAACUGCUCCACCACCAGCACCACAGGUAGUCCCACCAGCACCACAGGUUCCACCACAUCAAUCUUCGGUGGUGGUAGAUGUAAUAGCAGAUCGGGCCAAGCCCUUGCCGAAACCUGUGGGGCAGAAACCUCAACUUCUCGUCCGUCCAGUCGUGUC